AUGCGCUUGUCGACUUGCGCAGCUGCGCUUGCAUCCGCAGCACUCUUUGUUUCGACACUGGCCACACCCACACCAAGUCACAAACUGCAGAGACAAAAAGCAUGGGCGGAUCGUAUUGAAGAGAGGAAGAAUGCAAAGAAGCCUGAUACCAAAUACUUCCACGAGCCUGGAGGCAGUCUUACUCUCGGCCACUAUGACAAGCGCUACUUCAAUGGCAUCGUCUCAGAUGAAGAGCGGACGGAUACACAAUCGCACAUGGUCCGCGCUUAUCUGAACUACUUCCGUGAGAACGAACUCGAUACCUGGAUAGCGCACGGAACAUUGCUUGGAUGGUGGUGGAAUGGACAGCGUCUGCCAUGGGAUUUUGACCUCGAUACACAAGUGUCCCAUUCCACGCUCAUGCAGUUAGGCGCAGAACACAACCAGACGAAAUACCAUUAUACCUCUUACGACGGCACCGUUCAGCGCGAAUACCUUCUCGAUGUCAACCCGUGGAUCUGGGAGCGCGAGCGUGGAGAUGGUAUGAACAUUAUCGAUGCGCGAUGGAUCGAUGUGCGCAAUGGGCUGUUCAUCGACAUUACCGGACUGAGCGAAACACACCCAGACGAAAACCCAGGACAGUGGAGUUGUAAGAAUUACCACAGGUACGACACAUCAGAACUGUAUCCCAUGCGGGAAACAAUGUUCGAGGGCGUUCCGGCGAAGGUACCUUACAAUUAUGACAAGAUACUCGUGGAUGAGUACAAGGAGAAGGCUUUGCUGGAAACGGAUUUUAAUGGACACCGAUGGGAUGCCAACAUCAAGGAAUGGGUAAAGUCACCAGAGACACUGGCAAAGGAAGAACAAGAACGGAAGAAGAAAGAAGAUGAAGAGAAGAAGAAGGUUGAGGAAGAAUCCAAACUAGAUGUGAAGAGCGUGGAAGAGUCCAAGCUGGAGUACUCAGCCACAUGCUGCGAAGCUUUAUAUCUUGAUCUACCACUAACCCACCACUUACACCGUAUAGUAGAUUAUACUCAGGAACCUCGUAUCGCCUCAACGCCCCUCUCGCCCGUUUACUACAACAAGACUGCCAUGACAGAAGCCGACGCAUCCUCUGCGCCAACAACAUCCGGCGACGACAUUGAAAUAACCCUCUCGCACCACGGCAAAGCAAUCGCAUUACCUUUUGCACAAGAUGCCACCAUUUCAGACCUUUCAGAGCGCGUCGCGACAGACCUCUCAAUACCACCCUCGAACCAAAAGUUCCUCGUAGGCGGCAAAAUCGGCCUUCAAAAACCCCCCUUCAAGAAUCCAUCUCUCCCGCUUACAGAGCUCGUCUCGAAGAAGAUAACUCUUAUGGGAAGCACAUCAGAGGUCGUGUCGUCCCUCAACAACACCAUAACCGCCGCCUCCGCUCCCCGCCGCCCCGGCCCCAUAAAAGCCGCGACCCCAGCCCGAAAUCGCGACUACAAAAAGAUACAGGAGGAGGCACAAUACACAUUCCACACGUUGCGGCCGUUGCCGUAUCUGCCGAACCCGGAUCGCUCCCUCCGCUUCCUCCAACGCCUCCGCGACGAUGCCGGCAUAAAAGCUGCCAUGCGAACCCACAAGUUCAGCGUUCCCCUCCUCACAGAAAUGGAUCCCGCCAUGCACACCACAAUGGAGUCCCGUACACUGGGGCUAAACAGGAACCAAGGCGAGGUUAUCGAGCUACGACUCAGAACGGAUGCGUACGACGGAUAUAGGGAUUACAAGACUAUACGCAAUACACUGUGUCAUGAGCUUGCGCAUAAUGUUUGGGGGCCGCAUGAUAGGAAUUUCUGGGAGCUGUGUAAGCAGAUUGAACGGGAGGUUGCGAGAGAUGAUUGGAAGAGUGGAGGGAGGAGCGUGGGUGAUGAGGAGUUUUACAAUCCUGAUGAUGAUGGGGAGCAGGUGCAUGAUCAUGGGGGGUGGACGGGUGGCGAGUUUACUCUGGGGAGUAGUGGGAAAGAGACCGUGGUUAGUAGUGCCGGGAGUGGAAGUGUGAGUGCUGGUGCGUUGAGUAGGAGGGAGGUGCUUGCUAGAGCUGCGGAGGAGAGGUUCAAGAAGACGAAGAAAGCGGAGGAUGAGGCCAGUGGGAGCAGUCAGUCUUGA